AUGCACAAGACUGUUCUUUACCUAUUCCAUCACGGACAAGUCGGAAAGGAUGCGUUGGAUGCCGACCUAGAGCUGAUGGAGAAGCUCCUGUCGGAGUCAUCGACGGAUGCAAAGGACGGGAGAUUCCGAUUUUCUUUUGACCUGCCAGACACCGCAACCCUCGCCCAGGCUGCUGUCGACGAAGAGCAUCCAGAACCAGGAGAACGGAACACGACGCAGAUGUGCGUGCCACGUCCAGGAGAACGAAUCAUGGUCCUCAAAGAACCAUGGCUGCUGCUCAUCCUCAACAAGCUUAAAACAAUGGAAAUUCGACGCGCUGCCGCCGAGCCUGGAAAGACAUGGCUGGCAUGCGAGGGUCGAGUGUACGGCGCGGCAAAAAUCUCCAGCUGCGUCCAAAUCACACACGAAGAGUUCGAAGCCACCAGAGCGCAGCACCAACACCUGGGAAACAUGCCGCCCUACACCAAAAUUUACGCGCUCAAGCUUCAAGACAUCAUCCGACUGGACGCGCCGGUGCCAUACUACCGACUGCCAGCAACAGCGCCGUGGAUGGUUUUUCGAGCAGGACCUGGCGAGAAGAGAAUCAGAGGCUCCAAGAGAAAGAGAGCUCUCCCGGAAGAAGAUGCAGCCCUGCAGAUCCAAGACACCCUCCUCGAUGGCACAACCUCAGGAACGCGAAUGGCAAGUCCGGCUCGCAAGGACGACGAGUAA